GGCUUGUGUCACAUGACGGUGAUGCCAGUGUUUUUGCCAAGUGUUGAAGGCGAGAACAGUUAACCUUACGGCUAGCCGAUAACUUAAAUAAAGAGGAGUUUCCAGAAAGCUUUGGGGGUUUUGUUAUCAAGAGCAGCACCUAAAUAUUGCUUCAAGUCAGCUCGCGUGACUUUGGUCUUCUUGCUGUUGUUGUGACGCUAACGUUAGCCUAGCUAGCUGGCCCAGCGACUGCUAAAACAAGCUAACGCGCUGCGUCCCGUUUGUUUGUUGUGGUGUUACUGUGAUUUUGCGCAAACAAGUGCUGAGCCGGCCCGAGUGAAGAAACAGAAACAUGGUGCAAAUCUGUGGUGUUCAGUCAUUGUUCCUGGGAGUAACGUUAUCCUUCAUUUUCGCUACUGUCCUGCAACAGGGCUUUGCUACUGUUGCCCCGCCCACUCCCGCACCCCACAAAGAACCCGGAAGACCUGAGAGAGGACACUACAAUGCCACUAAAAAUGGCACCAUCUGUUUAAUGGCGUACAUGGGCCUCCAGCUCAACAUCUCCUACACCUCCAUCUUCCAGAAAAAGGUUGUGCAGGAUGUGGUGAACAUUCAGCCCGGUUUAACAAACAGCUCUGGAUCGUGUGACUCUGACAAUGCCUCCCUGGAGCUCACAACCAAUAAAACCAACCUCACCUUUGUCUUCACUCUGAAUACCACAUCGAACAAGUACCACUUAAGUGAAGUGGCCAUAUCAGCGGCCUGGCCAGACAUGACAGAGAGCUUCUCAGUCAGUAACAGCAGUCUGGACUACCUGCGGGGAACCCUGGGGUACUCUUACUUCUGCCGUGAAGAGCAGACUCUAACCGUGACCCGGAAUUUGUCCAUCAACACCUUCCAGUUGCAGGUGCAGCCUUUCGGUGUUAGCGGAGAUAAAUUUGGAGCAGCUGAGGAAUGCCAGUUGGAUGAAGAUGACAUGUUGAUCCCCAUCAUAGUUGGAGCAGCUUUAGCGGGGCUUGUCCUCAUUGUCCUCUUUGCCUACCUCAUUGGGAGGAAGAGGAGCCACGCUGGCUACCAGAGCAUCUGAGGUCACUCCUCACUCACGUUGUCAGAAGCUGAAGCGUGGUCCUACCCCACCUCAAAGUUAACCACUGUCUUACGAGACUUAGAGCUCGCCCCCUCUUCCCUCUGUCCCUCCACAUUUUCUCCCUGCCUCUGUGCGUGCUGUUCUUUGCCUUCAUCAGUAACACUAAUUAUUAUCACUUUGUCUAGGUUAAUAUGUGCUUUCUGAACUGACCCGCUCUUUCUAAAAAAAAAAACAAAAAGAAAAAGGGAUUCAUUUGUAAGAUUGUAAUGAAAUGAGAAUAACUUCUUCCUAGACCAUGUAAAGCAGAGGAUGCAUGUUGUAAAGGGUCAAUUAUAGUCCUCAAGUUACUAUUUAUGAUUUCUGUGAAAGGAAUUUUGAGGGAUUUUGGGAUUUCGAGGAUUUUUUUUUUGUCUGUUACGGGAUGACCAUUUUUAUUGGUCUGAAAUUAGGUUUGCUGUUACAAAGGGAAUAUUUCUGCCAGUUAAGCUUAAACCAUGUCAGACAGUUAAGAUCUGACUUAUUUACCUGCAAGUUGUAUGCACGUUUGAAAGAACGUAAUAAAAGUACAAUAACCUAAUCCUAAAAAGGAUGUGUGGAGACUCCCCUUAUAUUCAGAAUUAACUUUUUUUAAAAACAAGGUUAGUAUUGUAAAGCUCUUCAUCCCCUCUUAGGAGUACAAAGCACAUUAUGUGUAGAUGCUGUUUACAAUGUUGUAAGAUCUGAGACAUGUUUUAGUUUUAUUCAUCUUGUAGAAAUGGACUCAUUUGCUUUCUUGCAGAGUUUGCGAUUGCAAAAUUUUAAGGUACAGCCAGAAGAGUUAGAAUUAAGACUGGAAACGGUGUUUGUUCAGAUUAAACAUAUUAAUCUGAGUUAGUGAGCUUUGUUACCUUUGCUCAAAGCCAGGACAGCCUUCUCCUCCCGCUUCCUUUUUUUUAACCAACAUACAACCUUUGGCUGUAGCUUUACACUGACCAGCCAAAGCAUCAAAACCGCUGGCAGGUGGAGUGAAGAAUAAUGGUCAUUUGAUUUUUAGUGCAGUGUGUUCUGCUGGGAAGGGUUUGGUGCUGGAAUUGAUGUUGAUGUCUCUGUAGGGUUUCAGCUUGAAUUUAAGGUAGCUGGACUUCUUUUUUAGGCAUUGCUCAUCCGAAAGGCUUCUGCAAAAAAAAAAAAAAAAGGAAAAAGAAAGAAAUCCAGCUGCCUUCAACUGAUGUUAAGAGAAUUCAUGUGGAUGUUACGUUAAUGUGUAGCAUAAAACUUACUGGAUAUUCAGCACACACCAGGAUGCCAGCUGCAUCUCCCCACAGAACAAUGCACCACACUACACUGCACAAACAUCCCAUGAAUGGCUUGAUGAGCAUGAGAAAGUGCCAAAUUUGUUGACCUGGUCUCCAAGGUCUCCAAGGUCCCCAAAUCCCAAACAGACCAACAGUCUUUUCUACUCAAUUUGAGCAUCCAGGGUACUUUACUACAAGCCUCAUUCACAUACACAUUCAUACAAGUGCACUAAGCACUUUUUAACCUAACACACACACAAACACUCCGAUGGAUGCAUAGGGAGAAACUCGGGGUUCAGGGUGUUGCCAAAGGAUACUUUGGCAUGCAGGUUGGAGGAGUCAGGGAUCAAAUCACUGACCCUUUGAUUAGCAGAUAACCUGCUCUAGCUGUCAGACCUAUUUUGGUGGCACAAGAGCGAUGUGCAGUUUUAGGCAGCUGGUUUUAAAGUUUAGCUGAUAGGGGUGUAUUCACUGUAUAGAUGCUGAAACAAUUUAGAUCAUCUUCUCAUGUAACAGUGCACAAAGGCAAUUCCCACAGUGCUGAUAGUCACUCCUAUGGAUUCUACUGCUACAAAACACUAAAAACAGGAUCUAACAGCAUUGUUGGUUUUAAAUGAAGACAGCCAGAACAUCUCUGUAGAAAUGUUGAUUUGUUAUUGUCCGCUGGCUGGUUUUGCUUUGGUUGAGAUUUCGGUUGCUGAAGUAAGAGAAGUUUAACUGAAGUCCAGAGAAACGACCCCAUGUCAUUAUUAAAAAGGCCAAAAUGCUCUGGUCAGUGUUCAUCAGUGCCUUCCCAGCUGUAAGAUGGAUGGAAAUCAAGUAAUGCUAAUUUCACAUGUCCUCACUCACUCACCUACACUGUGCUGCCAUAAAUGAGACAUGUUUUAUGUCUCCUGUAGCCUUUGUGUAUACCAUAAAUAUGCAUUGUUUGAUGUAGUAGGAAAAGGUACAAAUUAUUUGUGUUUUUUGUGUUUUUUUUUUUUCCCCCUCCCUCAUCUUAAUACUCAUACAGUUAUUUAAUACAGUUUUAAUGGAUUUGUGUGCAUAUUUCUUUUUUAAGGAGAGGUCAAUAAAAGUGAUAACUGAG